UCUUAGUGUUUCUUUCUUUACCUCCACUCUCUCUCUCUUCUUCUUCUUCUUCUCGUUCUUCUUCCGCAAAGAGAACGGACGCCAUGGCUGUCCUGGGGAACAAGCUCUUGGUCCUUGGGUUUGUCCUAGGGUUCUGUCUGGUCUCUUCUUUGGGUGAACUCGAACGGUUUGAAGAGUCGCCGAAAGCGGAUGGGUCUCUCACGUUCUUGGUCGUCGGAGAUUGGGGAAGACGAGGCGACUACAACCAAACCGAAGUUGCUCAACAGAUGGGAAUAAUUGGGGAGAAGCUGGACAUCGACUUCGUGGUCUCCACCGGCGACAACUUCUACGAAGACGGGCUCACGGGCGUCGACGAUCCGGCUUUCCAAGAGUCCUUCGUCAACAUCUAUACACAUCCCGGCUUGCAAAAGCAGUGGUACAGCGUCUUGGGGAAUCAUGACUACAGAGGCGACGUGGAGGCACAGCUGAGCCCAAUCCUUAGGAAAAUGGACAGCAGAUGGCUUUGCUUGCGAUCCUUCAUCGUCAAUGCCGAGAUUGUUGAGCUGUUCUUCGUGGACACGACUCCUUUUGUGGACAAGUACUUCACGAAGCCAAAAGGAGACGUCUAUGACUGGAGCGGUGUAUUGCCCAGAAAGCGUUACCUCUCCAAUCUCCUCAAGGACGUGGAUUUGGCUCUGAGAGAGUCGAGAGCGAAAUGGAAGAUCGUAGUAGGUCACCACACCAUCAAAAGCGCCGGACACCAUAAAAACACCGAAGAGCUCGGCGCUCAGCUUCUUCCCAUCAUUCAGGCAAACAACGUUGAUCUCUACAUAAACGGCCACGACCACUGCUUGGAACACAUCAGCACUUCCGACAGUCCUAUUCAGUUCUUGACUAGUGGAGGUGGAUCCAAGGCGUGGAGGGGCGACGUGAGCUGGCCAAAUCCGGAGGAGCUCAAGUUGUACUACGAUGGCCAAGGGUUCAUGACCGUGCAGGUCACGGAAGCCCAGAUCGACGUCGUUUUCUACGACAUCAAAGGCCAGGUUGUUCACCAAUGGAGCACUGCCAAGCCUCUCUUCUCCAUCAUAUGAGCAACUGCCACUUGAAGAGUUAUGAUUAUGUAAUAUCGAAUUUUCAACUAAGUGGCUAAUGUAAAAGUUUGUCAUGUGGUAUAAGUAGGUAUGUAGUUUUGCCUAGUCUAAUGCAAGAAUUUCAUCAAUGAGACUUCUGUGUUUGGAGUUACAAAAUAUAUAUUUUGUUGUCA